AGCGAGCAGAGAGCUUCGGGAAGACCGCUCGUGGUGACGGGAGGGGGGCUCCAGUCACAGACCGCCGGUUGGUCCGCGCGGGAGCUGCGGGCACUGAGGGACGGCCAAUAGGCUGAGCGUUCCCGGCCACGCCCGCGCGCUCUCUCUUCUCGCGAGGCCUGCUAGGCCCGAAUAUCGUUAGCUGUGGAGAAAGAUGGCGGAAAAUUUAAAAGGCUGCAGAGUGUGCUGCAAAUCUUCAUGGAAUCAGCUACAGGAUCUGUGCCGACUGGCCAAGCUUUCUUGUCCUGCCCUUGGUAUUUCUAAGAAGAAUCUUUACGACUUUGAAGUGGAGUAUCUGUGUGAUUAUAAGAAGAUUCGUGAUCAGGAGUAUUACCUGGUUAAGUGGCGUGGGUAUCCUGACUCAGAAAACACCUGGGAGCCACGGCAGAACCUGAAAUGUGUGCGCAUUCUUAAGCAGUUCCACAAGGACUUGGAGAGAGAGCUUGUCCGGCGGCACCGCCGGUCAAAGCCACCCAGGCAUCUGGACGCAAACUUAGCCAGCUACCUGGUGCAGAAGGCUAAGCAGAGGCGUGCACUACAGCGCUGGGAACAAGAGCUCAAUGCCAAGCGAAACCACCUGGGGCGGAUCACCGUGGAGAAUGAGGUAGACCUGGAUGGCCCUCCAAGGUUCUUUGCCUAUAUCAAUGAGUAUCGUGUUGGUGAGGGUAUCACCCUCAACCAGGUAGCUGUUGGCUGUGAGUGCCAAGACUGUCUGUCGGCACCCACUGGAGGCUGUUGCCCAGGAGCAUCCAUGCACAAGUUUGCCUACAAUGACCAAGGCCAGGUUCGACUGAAAGCUGGGCAGCCCAUCUAUGAGUGCAACUCCCGCUGUUGCUGUGGCCAUGACUGCCCAAACCGUGUGGUCCAGAAAGGCAUCCGCUAUGACCUCUGCAUCUUCCGCACUAAUGACGGCCGAGGCUGGGGUGUUCGCACGCUGGAAAAGAUCCGCAAAAAUAGCUUUGUUAUGGAGUAUGUGGGAGAGAUUAUUACCUCAGAGGAGGCAGAGCGGCGGGGCCAGAUCUACGACCGCCAGGGCGCCACCUACCUCUUUGACCUGGACUACGUGGAAGACGUAUAUACCGUGGAUGCCGCUUAUUAUGGCAACAUUUCUCAUUUUGUCAACCAUAGUUGUGAUCCCAACCUGCAGGUGUACAACGUAUUCAUAGACAACCUUGAUGAGCGACUACCCCGCAUCGCAUUCUUUGCCACAAGAACCAUCUGGGCGGGCGAGGAGCUCACCUUUGAUUACAACAUGCAAGUGGACCCCGUGGACAUGGAGAGUACCCGAAUGGACUCCAACUUUGGCCUGGCUGGCCUCCCCGGCUCCCCCAAGAAACGGGUCCGCAUUGAAUGCAAAUGUGGGACAACAGCUUGCCGAAAAUACCUCUUCUAGUCCUGAGAAGUCUGAGGCCAGUCUAACUGAAGGGGCCUGAAGCCACCUUCUCUACUGCUGCCCUCUUGUCAAGAAUGAUCAUCAAAGCCUUGUCUGCCUCCACUUGUUUUCACCUACCCCAACCUGUCCCCACCUGUUCCAGGGUCAGGCCAUGGUGCGGACUGACUCUAGCUACCCCAUAUCUCUGUUCCUUUCCCUUGCCCCAGGCCCAUUAGUCAUUGCACUUAACUCCCAGCCCCAUUCAGAAGCAUAUUUUUCAUAUCAGGAUUCCCUAGAAUU